UCGCGCACGCCCGCGCCGCUGGGUGCGCUGCUGAGAUCCCGUCGUGCAUGGACGAGAUGACUAACCAGCGGCCAACCGAGCGAGCGUGCUGCUCAGGUUGCCUGACCUCACUUCCCGUGCAGUGACUGCAAGGUCAAUCUCUGCCCCUCUGACAUGUCCUUCGUCCUUGCACGCGCGCCUGCUCGCCCCAGUGAAACGCGGCAUUCCAUCAUGAGCAGCCUCUGUCGGACGAAUAGGUGAGGUCAGCGUGGACCAUUGACACAACCACCUUUCCGGACUGGGUAAAUCCGCCGCACGGCAUAUGUUUUGGACACUGGCACCGGCACAUGUGUCGACUUGACCGUGUGGAGAAUUACAGUCGAGGGCGUGGGCCUGCGUUGUGCUCGUCGACAACAACUACAACUUCUAAUCAUCGGGCUGGCAUAUAUCUGCAGUAACGAACCGAAAACCCGAUGCCGCUGCUGGUCAGCACCAGAUCACACCCCGACAAGCAAAGAAAUGAACCAAGAGAAACCAAGUCUGCCACAACGAGCGAGCACCAGGCCCUAAUGCCAAUGCCUCGACCAGACGCCCACAUGUCCCCAUCUCCGCAGCCAUCCGCACACGACGCCUCGCCCUCACCAGCGCAUGCCUUUGCAUCGGAGAGCCAAUACUCGCCAUCAUUGAGUGCCUGGGUCGGAGAAUCACGCUCAAAUCAUGCAGGGGUCUCAAAUAGCUUGUCAAUGCUGACGGAGGUUUACCCUGCUCCAAGGGCGGCCCUGGCCUCCGUACACGCAUCUCGUUCGGACCAGCGCCACACUCCUGCUGCAUGUGGCGAACGUCACGAUCCGCUGCGGCCAGCAGUUACUUCACCUCGCAAGUCCCUACCUGGGCCUUGGCGAAGCUUGCACUUCGAUGAUCAUCGCAUCAGCACGAGCCAAACUACUGUCGAUGCCCCACUGUCACUUAACAUCCCUCCCCAGGUCAGAGAUCUGCCGAAGCUUGCUACAGGCACGACCUCGUCCAGCCAAACUCACAGCUAUGCCACUUCAGAAGCGUCGACCCUCCUACCGUCGAUUGCACUGCUCAACGAACAUGCUGGGUCUCGAUACAACGAUCCGAACAAUGCCGAGUCGUUGUCGACACAGCAUUCCCUACCAUGCCACUGCGCGACGUUGAGGCCGCUGCUCCGUGAAUUCGUCGAUGCUUUACUCGAACUCGACGAGAGUGUCCAAAGUCUGUCCAGGAGUCCAUCGCGUCCCCGUCCGAAUAACAUCGAUAGCCACCCAGUCCAAAGUGUACACUGGAUGCUAGAACGCUUGCGACAAACGAAGCAUCACAUCGAUGGCGUGGCUCGCGAUAUCAAUGCAGUUGGCGCUGGUCGUGCAGCACAGCCGACUCAAGUCGACUCUACGCCUAAUGCAUCGAAACGAUCCGCUGCUCCAUGGGAUUGGGACGAGACAGCACAAAAACGCCCAAGGUCAGGUGCGUCCGAGUCAAUACAUCAGUCCUAUCGCGCUCCGGCCUACGAUCGUCCUAGGUCCAUAGAGGAUGCACGCAAAGAUCUGUCAGGCUACUCACCAGCACGUGCAGACUCGAUUCCUGGUUCUGCUCACCCAGGAACCGCAUCGCCAACCUUUGCUCAACGCGCGGCUCGGGCACUCCCUUCGCCGUCCUCCAUAACGUACUCAAACUGCUCCGCACCAUCCCUUCCAACUCUGGCAGCGCAAUCGAUUGCAUCUCCGGCGACAUCGUAUUUACCAGCUUCAUCAUUGCAUACUGCACCUGCCCAUCCGGCGACAUCAGCUCAUAUUGCAGAACUACAACACCAGGUGACCCUCAAAUCUCUGGCACUACAAACGCUCCAAUCUGAGUACGCAUCGCUCUUGCAGAAGCUCCAGCGGGAGAAAGUCAGGAGCCAAGCAAUUGAGAAGAAGACAAGCGUUGCUGAUCAAGAAGUGAAUGAACUCACUAGCAAGAAUGAGGACUUGACUGAGCAGGUCAAGCUUCUGACAUCUCAACUGGAACACAGUGAGAGGAAGAGAGAUACGGAGCGAUCAGAGGCUGAGCGGGAGAAGAACCAAUGGGGCCGCAUGUUGGAGAUGUCUGGUCGGCUACAGGCGAAGGCUGAUGCUGAGAAACAACGGCUGCUAGCAGAAAAGGAGACCCUGCUGCAGCAUGUAUCGCGGCUGCGGCAGUCGCCAAAGGAGCAGGAAAUGCAAGAAGAGCGUUUGGUGGCAUCAGCCGAAGAUGAUCAGAGUCGAACGUUCAUUGCACCUCGAGCGCAGACGCACGCGCAGGACAGAAGUGACGAUCUGGACGAGCUCAGACGAACGGUAGCUGCCCAGGCUCGACGGAUCGACCUCUUCAAGACCGCGCUUCAACAAAUAAGAACACAGAGUGCCGAGCUCGAAGAAAGGGCGCAGACCAUUCGGCAGCGCAGUAGCGAGCUGCAAAGCAUAUCGGACCGCGCAUUGAAUGCGGACAACACAGUAGCAAUGGGGCAACACGCGCGCCCUGGUGUUCCAGCCCAUCCGCCUUCGCGCGCGCCUGCGGGCACUUCUUUCGAUCAACAAGGACCUGAUAGAAGGGCUCCAGUUCCAACCCCGAAGUUGAGUAGACGUACCACCACUCUCGAUGUCUUGAUCGAUGGGCGUAUGCAACCUGCAAAUAUUAAGGAGGUGUCGCGAGCGAGAACGCCUGGUCCAGACGAGUUGGGAUUUUCCUUGCCGCCUACGACUUCAACAUCUGAGGAGUUACUCUCAGCUCUUGGGCCGGCACCUAUCGCUAGCUCAGCAGAUUUGGGCGCUCGAGUCUUGCAAGGUCCCCAGUACUCAUCACAGUUCGGGGUGCAAUACGCUGGUGCCACCCUGUCAAGUAGAGCGUGGGAUGCCAUGGACUCGCGAAGGUCGAGAGAAGACCCCACUCACAGGCAGGUCUCAUCGUCGCCGCAGUCUGAUGAGUUCGUGCGAGGUAGUGCCAAUCGUACACCUGAUCAUGGCUCUGGCUGGCCUGUGGGAGAUCAAAAGACGCAAGGAAGUGGGCUGGUGGAGGACUUUCCGCCGCCGCGGUCAUUGCAAGUUCAAGCGUCCAAGAACAUCGCGAGCGCAUCAAAUACAUCACCAGCUUUGUUGCCUCGUCCAGAUAUGUCAUCUGGGCAUGAGAAAGUGCAGCCGCGAGAAUAA